CGACCUUACACAGUCCUCCCAAAAAAUGCUUUACGAACUCGUCGCUGUGGUCCGGACAAGCUCCCUCAAUGAAAUCAAGGAAAUCGCUAAAUCCGCUGGCAUGACGGUACUACAAAACGGCGGAGUCGUCCGCGGAUACACAUACUGGGAGAAACUCAUGCUCCCAACCCGCCGACGCGCGCACUUGGUCUAUCACACCCAUGGCCAAUACUUCAUCAUGAGGUUCGAUUCAAACUCGCCGACGCAGCACUUGAUCCAGCGCACACUACGAUUGGAUCCCCGGAUGAUCAGUUUCAGCGUUGUCAAGAUGGGGACAAAGUUGAAAGACGUUGCGAAGGUCAAGGGGAAGACUUGGGAUUUGGAUCUGGGCGUCUGAGAUGAUGGUGAAUAAGGGGGCGGCAGUGGAUGUAUUAUACGUCUCGGCAAACAAGACUUUAGACGGCUGGGCUUUUUUCUUUGCUACGGCGUCUGGCUUGUGGGAAUUAAGGGAGGAAACUGGGUUGAGAUGAUAUCUCUCUUCAAACAUCGCAUAGCGAGAAUAAACGGCGUACGAACGUUAAGAUCGAA